AACUUCUCGCCACUUACGGGGGAGCAGGGGCGUCCCCGCCGGCGGGACACAUUAGUCAAUAUGUCUGCAAUUUCGAAGCAUUUUGGACUGAAAUACAAAGAAGAAUCAUACAUCUUUAAAGAGCUUGAGAAGAUUCGCCAGGAAACUAGAAAGGAUUUUCUCCGAUUCAAGCAGAAGUUGGCCUCCAAGCCGGCUGUGGAUGAAGGCCCAGUGUUGGGCCUCCAGGCCCUCGGUCCUGAGCGUCCUGGGGAGAAAGGCAGCGUUUCCUGCGCCGGACCCCCAAAGCCAUCAGGGUCCCCUCUUCGAGCUAAAGGCCCUACGACCCCUGCUGCGGCCCUCCGGCAGCAGGCGCCCCGAGGCGCAGCGCGGCCCCCCGGCCCGAGCGAGGCUGCCACUCCCGGGAAGACCCGGCCGUUUCGCCCCCAGGACUUCUACUUGCGGAGCUCUGCGUUCCUCCGGUACCGGCCCCAGAAGCCCCCGGUCAUCGCCUCCAGGGCAGGCACGUCCAGACCCAUAGUCCCGACGCCGCCGCCCCCGCCCAGGGAGAGGCCCGGGCCGCGCCUGGCCCCGAGGAGCCCGCCGACCAGGGGCGCCAAGCCUGUCCCGCAACCGGCCCGGGAGGGCGACGCGAAACGGCAGAGCGCUCCGCUCGCAGAGGCCCUCCUGGCCGAAUCGAGGAAGGGCAGCUCCGUUUCCAGCCAGAAGAGCGACGAAGAGGCGGCCGGCCGGCGGUGGCGAGCCAAGAGUCGCACCCUGUCAGUGCGCGAGGGCUCCGUCAGCCUGCCGCGGGAAGGCGCGAGGCCAGCUUCCAAAGGCCAGCGGGAGAGCCUCCUGGCGAGCCACUCGCGGGAGCCCCCGCAGCCGGUGCGAGUGAUCCCGACGUGCAUUGAGGAGGUCAUCGCCUCGCUGCAGUCUGAGGCCCAGCUGGCCUCCGACCGGACUAUCAAAGAGCUCAUCCAGAGCGUCCUCGGCCAGAACUACGACAUUAAAAUGGAAGAUACAUCUUUGAUGGGGAAAGUGAACUGGCACAAGCCAUCGCAAGUGCAAGCAGAGCAAGGGUUACAGAUAAGUUUUGAGGAACCUCAAAUGAAUGUGCCUGAGGAACUUCCUGAAACUUUAUCAAGUAUUUUCCAGUUUGAACAAGAGGAUGUAUUAGAGUGGGGAGUCUCAGAAGCAGAAAGCAUGGUAUUUAAAUCUCAGGAAGCUCUGGAAGUUCAACCAGCAGAUGAAUCAAGUAAAGUUUUGAAAGACGAACAGCCCAUAGAUGAUUCCAAAGCAGCCAAAUGGGAGUCUUUAAAGGUGAAAUCAUCAGAAUUUUUGCAAAUCAGAGGAAAAGAAGUUAAGCAAACACAAAAAAGUAAAUUAGAAAUUCCGCAACAGAGACAAGGAAGGUGUUCAAAACCCCAGUGGGAUCAAAAACUACCUAAAAAAAAAAUUCCUCAAGACUACCCCUCUCCUACCCUUCAUGAUCUGUGCACCACUGUCCCAGCCCAGGAGCUGCCUGUUAACUUGCACCUGGCUUCUCGAGUGUACCAUACAGCUGACAAAAAAGGUCACAGUACUUUGCUUGGGAUAUUGGGAACCUCUUUCUUAGGUGAUCAGUGUACAGAUGAAGAGUACAGAGACAGAAUACUGCAAGGACAUCCUGUUGUGGAUGAUAAUCAAGAAUAUGUUGCAGGACUUCCAACACCACCAGUGGUACUACCUGAUUUGGCACAAGGAAGUAGACAGCGAGCUCAGAAACCAUACCUACAACUCUUGGGAGAGGAAGUGUCUGCUUAUCCAGGAUGUACGAAGUUGUUUUGGAAUCCAACAUCACCCAAAUUCUCUGUUCCAGUAUCUGUUAUGAAGGAAAUUCUAUAUCCAGAAUAUGAGAGUGUUCAAGCAAGCAAAAUUUUAAUUGAAAAAUUUUCAUCUGAAAGCAAGGAAAGUGUCAUUUUAAAUCAGCAUACCAGAAGUUCUAGGUUUCUUUUCCUAAGAAAAUCUGCAUCAUUUCAGAAUAUCCAAAAAUGUUACAGCAUACCAUCUUCACAAUUAAAGAGAGUAAAAUCGGCAGUUGAAUUGAGGAAAGAGGAGACCAUAACUCCAUUAGAGAUUAAGGAUGACAUACAAAGCAAUAUAAAAGAGUUGAUAUUUCAGAAAGCAAAGCAGUUGGAGCAUUGGAUGACUGAAACUGAGAAACCCACCUCUGUGAAAGAAAAUAUAGAUACUUACUUAGAUAACAUUCAGAACAGAAGCAAUUUGAGAGAUAUGUCUCUCUCUCUCAUUGAAGCAUCUAGAAAAGCUGGCAUAAGUUACAUUGUUUAUCCCAAGAAAAAGAAGAUGAAAUGGAAGAAAAGAUUGAAACUCAGUAAACUUUCAAACGUGUAUGAUGAAUUAUCCAAGCCACCAAAAGUUCUUAAAAGAUCAACAUCUCAUGGAAUCCUUCCUGGACAGAAGAAAUGUUUACUCAGAGUUCCAUUAUAUGAACGUAAAUUUCAGUGUCCCAGUCUACCUUUCUGUUUAAAUUUUGAUGAAUUUGUCCAAAGUAAGGGAGGAGUUCCAGAAAAUACUGACCCUCGAACAUGGGCUCUUGAUAUGUUCUCUAAGCAUAAACGUCAGAAGACAACCACACACAAAAAAGUUAAAAUGUCUAUCCAAAAAGACAUGUCUGAAGAAAUGAAAGAACUACCGAAACUAGAGUUGAGUGAUUCUUUGAAGUCUUGUCUUCCUCCAGAAGUCACUAAAUAUUAUGAAUCUGAAGUGGAGAUCUUGACUAAAGAAUUAAAUGAUAAGGAAAAAUAUCCUGCAUUUGCAUAUUGUAGGCGUGGAGCUAUUUAUAGGAAACUGGGAAAAUUGCAGAGUGCCAUGAAAGAUCUACAGGAAGCUAUCUUCUUGGAGCCUUUGUUUCUCAAUGCCUAUUGGCAUCGACAUUUCAUAUAUCUUUUCCAAGACAAAAUUAAUGAAGCUUUGGAUGAUUUGAAUUAUAUAAAUAAAUAUAAUAAGAAUAAUGCAGAGGCAUAUUUGUCAAAGGCAGAAAUUUUCAGGGGAAGACAAGACGUUACUUUAGCAAUUCUAAACUAUACUCAGGCAAUUAAGUGCAAGCCCACGGAUGCUGAUAUAUAUUUCAGGAGGGGGGAGAUGUAUGAAAUAGCAAACAAAAUACUGGCCAUUGAUGACUUUUCUAAAUGUAUUUUUUAUGAUCCCAAAAGAGCAGAUGCAUUACUGAAACGUGGGAUGUUUUACUAUGAAAAUGAAAACUGGAUUUCAGCCAUACAGGAUUUUACAGCUUUAUUAAAUAUAGAUCCCCAAAAUUCUCAAGCCAGGACAUACAGAGGACGAGCAUAUUUUAAACGUCAAUUUUAUAAGCAAGCCACUCAAGAUUUUUCUGUGGCAAUUCACAUAGAUCCUAAUAACUGGUUAGCACUGUAUUAUAGAGCUUGCUUAUUUAGAAAGAGUAGCCCUUUUAGAGCACUCCAGGACUACAGUGUUUCAGCUCUCAUAAAUGAUGGCUAUGAGAAUCUUGGUUGUUUCCUACAUCGUGGCAUACUCUACGCAGAUCUAAAGCUUUGGUUGCUGGCAAUCUGUGACUUUGAAACUGUUAUUUCUUUAGAAAGAACUGUUAUUUUGGCUUACAUAAAUAUCGGCCUCAUACAUAUGCUAUACUUGGAUAACUAUGUUGAAGCCAUUUGGCAUUUUUCUGAGGCUAUUAGACUCGAUCCUUUAUAUAUUCAAAGCUAUAUUUGUAGAGCAGAAACCUAUCAUAAGUUGCAUAAAUUGAAAAGGGCAGUAAGAGAGUUAUCUCGUGCCAUCCACCUUCAGCCAGAUGGAAUCCAAUUAUAUAUAAUAAGAGGACAAUAUCUUCUUAUGAUGAAAUGUUAUGAUCUUGCAAAAUUUACUAUUUAUCAAGUGGCAGAAAUGAAUAAAGGUCUCAUCGAGUUGAGUCCUAUACAGCAAGCGCUCAUUUAUUCAUUUUGUGAAAACCAUGACAAGGCCAUUCAGGUCUUGGAUGGGAUCACUUUGAACAGGCCUGAGAUCACCAUGUACACUCUAUUAGCAAAAGCCCAAAUGAAAGCCAAGAGAAACAAGGAAGCUAUGAGAAUAUUUAAAAAGGCGUUGGAUAUCUUUUCUCAUUCUGAUAAAGGACCAAAUGCCGUAGCAGCUUCAGCAGACUGUCUGUAUAACCUGGGUCUUUGUUACAUGGAGGAAGACAACGUACAAAUGGCUUUUGAUUGUUUUACAAAAGCUGUGAAAGCAAAUCCUGACUUUGCAGAAGGCUUUUAUCAGCGUGGGCUUUGUAAAGUAAAACUUCACAAGGAUGGCUCGGUCCUGGAUUUUAAUCGUGCAAUUACCAUCAAUCCAAAACAUUACCAGGCAUAUUUAAGCCGAGUAGCCUUCUAUGGUUUAAAAGGCAGAUACUCCAAAGCAAUUUUGAAUUGUAAUGAGGCCAUCAAAAUUUAUCCUCAGAGUGUGCGUGCCUAUAUCUACAGAGGAGUCCUGAAAUACUACAACAAGACUUAUAAGCUAGCGAUUACAGAUUUAACUAUAGCUAUCAACAUGGACAAAAGCAGUUACAUAGCAUUUUAUAACAGAGCAUUAUGUUAUACCAAGAUAAAUGAACUUCGAAUGGCAUUAACAGAUUAUGGAAUUGUGCUGCUUCUUGAUGCUGGAGAAACUGUGAAGUUAAAUACCUUCAUCAAUCGUGGACUCAUCUACAUAGAGUUAGAGCAGUAUACUUUUGCAUUGGAGGAUUUUAGACAAGCUGCGCUGAUAAGCAAGACCAAUGUGAACCUUUGUCAAGCCACUGCCAUGUGCUAUCACAGAAAUAAGGAGUUUCAAGAAGCUGUUGAUUUCUUCACCUGGGCUCUUAAAAUUGAUCCAUGUUUUCUGGAUGCUUAUGUUGGACGGGGAAAUUCCUACAUGGAAUACGGCCAUGAUGAAGCCACCAAACAAGCACAGAAGGACUUUCUGAAAGUGUUGCACAUUAAUCCAGCAUACACAAAAGCCAGAAUUAGUUUAGGCUAUAAUUUGCAGGCCCAAGGGAAAUUCCAGAAAGCUUGGAAUCACUUUACCAUUGCCAUAGAAAUUGAUCCAGAAUGCUACUUAGCCUAUGAAGGAAGAGCUGUGGUUUGUCUUCAGAUGGGUGAUAAUUUUGCUGCAAUUCAAGACAUUAAUGCUGCCAUAAAGAUCAAUACUACAGCAGAAUUCUUAACAAAUCGCGGUGUGAUUCACGAGUUUAUGGGUCAACAACAGAAUGCAAUGAAAGACUAUCAAGCAGCAAUUUCCCUAAACCCCACGUAUUCACUGGCUUACUUUAAUGCAGGAAAUAUCUAUUUUCACCACAGGCAGUUUUUCCAGGCUAGUGACUACUUCUCAAAGGCUUUGAAGUUUGAUCCAGAAAAUGAAUGUGCUACCAUGAAUCGAGCUAUUGCAAAUACAACAUUAAAGAAAUAUAAAGAAGCAAAAGAAGAUUUCGCAUGUGUGGUUGAAAGAUGUCCCUUUUGGGCUGCAGUAUAUUUGAACAGAGCACACUUCUACUGUUGUUUAAAGCAAUAUGAACUAGCUGAGGGAGACCUAAGUAAAGCCCUGUCUUUGAAGCCUGAUGAUGCUCUCAUAUAUAGUCGUAGAGCAGAAGUUCGUGGUAAAAUAGGUCUGAUUGAAGAAGCUAUGGCUGACUACAUUCAAGCACUUGAUCUUCAAGAGUGUGCUCCUGUGACCUGAUAACACAGACCAUGGUUUCGGCAGUGGUCUACAUAGCUCUUCUUCCAGAAGCUGAAAACUUCUUUGUUUGAAAGGUUGCACUACCUUCCUUAUCGUAUUCAUUAUGAUUUGCUAUCUACAUGACCCUUUAGUGCAUUUUUGACAAUAUAUUUAUAUUAUA